AUGGCCGAACAGCAACUAGGAGUGCUUAAGGCACUCGAUGUUGCGAAAACGCAACUUUACCAUUUCACAGCGAUUGUCAUCGCCGAGAAGCCUGGCAGUCUUCCCCCUCAUGUUGCGGCUGCGGUCAACGGUGUGGCUCUAUGUGGGACACUUAUGGGUCAACUAUUUUUCGGAUGGCUCGGUGACAAGCUUGGAAGGAAAAAAGUGUAUGGUAUCACUUUAAUCAUGAUGAUCGUGUGCUCCGUCGCUUCUGGUCUUAUCUUUCGGAAACAAGCCAAGGGUGUCAUGACCACUCUUUGCUUCUUCAGGUUUUGGCUGGGAUUCGGUAUUGGAGGUGACUACCCUCUUUCUGCCACCAUCAUGUCUGAAUACGCCAACAAGAAGACUCGUGGUGCUUUCAUCGCGGCCGUGUUCGCUAUGCAAGUUCCCAUCACCACCUAUGCGGAAGACAGGGUUCUCUCAACGCCUCCUCAAGCUGAUUACAUUUGGCGAAUUAUUGUCAUGUUUGGUGCACUACCUGCAGCCUUGACUUACUACUGGCGUAUGAAGAUGCCCGAAACUGCUCGUUACACCGCUUUGGUGGCCAAAAACAUCAAACAGGCCACACAAGACAUGUCUAAGGUCUUACAAGUGGAGCUUGAGAUGGAAGAGAGGGCAGAGGAUAUCGUUCAAGACCCUAGACUUAACUAUGGCUUGUUCUCCAAGGAAUUCCAAGCGCCAUGGUCUUCCCCUCCUCGGAUGUACCUCCACUUGGUUCUUGCUUGA